CUACAGGAAGUUCUUGCCUCUUACGUAUGUCAAAAUAUACAACAUGGCUGCAUUAUAGAAUGGACACAGCUGCGAUUAGUAGGACAUAUUCAAGGGGAAACAUUUCGUUCUGAUUCUAAGCAAUACAGUUGGAGUUCUUUUAAGGGUUAGACGAGUACCACGUCGUUACGUUGUUUUAAAGAUGCAUAGUCUCACUAAAACGGCACUGUCUUUCAAUGGAAUCGGGCGGCGGUGUGUUGCUCUGAACCGUUUUUCAGAAACAAGAAUCAUUUGCAGAGGACUCACGUGCACAGCAGAACAUGAAAAUGAGCUCUAUGAUGUCAUUAUAUCUGGAGGAGGGAUGGUUGGGACCGCUAUGGCUUGUUCUUUAGGCUUGGAUCCAAACUUGGAGGGGAAGAAGAUUCUUUUGCUUGAGGCAGGCAACAAGAAAGUGAUGGACAAGGUCCCAGACGCCUACAGUACAAGAGUCAGCUCCAUCAGCCCGGGCUCUGCCACCCUCCUCAGUGGUGUUGGUGCAUGGGAUCACAUUAUGAACAUGAGAUGUAAGCCCUAUCAGAAGAUGCAGGUUUGGGAUGCCUGCUCUGAUGCCCUGAUUACAUUUGAUAAGGAGAACCUGCAGGACGAGAUGGCAUACAUUGUGGAGAACAACAUCAUUGUGGCAGCCCUGACAAAGCAGCUGGAGAAUCUCUCUGAUCAGGUGAGGGUCCAGUACAAAUCCAAGGUGGUGAAAUACACCUGGCCCAAGUCCCACCAGGUAGCUGACGCCAUCCCCUGGGUUCAGGUCACCCUGGCCAACGGACAGACUCUUCAAACCAAACUACUGAUUGGAGCAGAUGGGCCAAAUUCGAUGGUAAGGCGGGAGGCGGGGAUACCCACGGUCAAGUGGAAUUACGACCAAUCAGCUGUUGUGGCUGUCCUGCAUCUGUCUGAGCCAACAGAGAACAAUGUUGCCUGGCAGAGGUUCCUUCCAACAGGCCCCAUAGCAAUGUUACCAUUGUCGGACACAGAGAGCUCUCUGGUGUGGUCGACCAGCCACCGCCAUGCAGAGGAGCUACUGCAGCUGGAUGAGGAGAGCUUCGUGGACUCCAUCAACACUGCCUUUUGGAGUAAUGAGAACCACAGUGAGCUGGUGGAGACUGCUGGCUCUCUGUUCCGCACUGCCCUGUCAGUCCUCAUGCCGUCUGCAGGCUCGGCACGCCAGCUACCGCCCAGCGUGGCCGGGAUCGGCCCAAAGAGUCGGAUCAUGUUCCCCCUGGGCAUGGGCCAUGCGUCAGAGUACAUCAGGCACCGGGUGGCACUCAUCGGCGAUGCAGCACACCGCGUUCACCCUCUAGCUGGCCAGGGAGCCAACCUGGGCUUUGGGGAUGUGGCCUGCCUCACUCAGCUCCUGAGCCAGGCGGCCUUUAACGGGAAGGAUCUGGGGGCCAUGCAGCACCUGUUGGAAUAUGAGACAGAGCGCCAGCGACACAACCUGCCCAUGAUGGCUGCCAUCGACCUGAUGAAACGACUGUACUCUACUAACGCUGCCCCCAUGGUUGUCUUACGCACCUUCGGUCUGCAGGCCACCAAUACACUGCCAGCCAUGAAAGCUCAGAUCAUGGCGUUUGCAAGCAAGUGACACAUACACUGGCCCUGCCGUUUCAGUUUGAUGGUACGCCAAUGACUUUGUGAAUGUAAAAGUGUAAAUUAAAGUUAUUUUAUGCUCUGUUACUAGAA